GUAGUAUAUGCUUUAGCGGUAGAGCUUACUAUAUCGCUGAAAGCUUUCUUAGGAACCCCUUAGGCCGUAAGCAUAUACGUUAGCAUUAGCCGAAGAGGGGAGAAAACGGUUGAAAGAAAUUAAGAGUUCGAGAGCUGCCCAGCUGCUGUACUUCUUUGAGUAAGAUUAAGCCGGUGGCGGACUCACGAUGAUCCGAAGGGUAAGACUCUCUAUAGCAGGCGGGCCCUCACGAUCAACCUCUUCACCUACUUCACCUUCAACAACCUCGAUAAAUUCCUCCACCUUCAAAGCUCGCAUCCGCGAGGAGAGUCGGUGGUCCAUCAUGGCGCUCCACACGGUUCCCAACGAGAUUCUCUUGGAGAUUUCUCAGUGGCUCAAGGACUCCGACCUCAACAGUCUUGCCCAAGCGCAUCGGAAUAUCUACGAGUUCCUACAACCUGAGCUGCACCAGCGUGCUGUAAUGGACAGGCUGGAGUGUUGCCAGGAUUCUGGUCACUACAACGGCACAGGUCGUAGAUGUGUUGCAUAGAGCCCGUACAGUUGCCGACGCCGAAGGUAGAUGUCCCAAGAGCGUACUGGAAAGGAGUCCGUCCAGACGAGUCGGGCAAGCACGGGUCUGCGCCAACGUCCAUCAAGAUCCUCGCACACCAGAGAGAGUUGUCUUCGCCCGAGGAGUUCGUUUCGUCGUGUUGCCCCAUGACGAUGUGAAGCGCAGUUUUGCCUUGGCUGUUCUGCACGUUGACGUUGAUGCAGCGGGACACCAGAGACUUAAAGUACACCUUGUUCAUUGGCUGCAGGUGUUCGGCGACUGCUUUGUGGAUUGGGUAUUCGCUGUUGGGGCCCGGUGUGUUGGGGUCGGCGCCGUGUCUAAGAAGCAGCUCUGCGAUCAUGGCUCGUGUGUCCUCUUCGUC